AUACGCCCGCGCCGCGCGCUCGCCCGCUCGCUCUCCCACGCAAGCGGAAUGCAGCAGCGCCAGAGGAGCUUGUCUGCAGCCGCUGCCUGAAUGCACCUCGCCGCCCGCAGCCGGUCCGCCCAAUAGGGCGCAAGGGAGGAAGCUUGGCCGCCAAAGCCUGGACAAUUUCUGACAGUGCAGUCUCACCACAUGGUUUGAGAGAUGGCUGUGGAAAACAACACUCAGCGCAGCUACUCCAUCAUUCCAUGUUUUAUAUUUGUUGAGCUUGUCAUCAUGGCUGGGACAGUGCUGCUUGCCUACUACUUCGAAUGCACUGACACCUUUCAGGUGCAUAUCCAAGGAUUCUUCUGUCAGGAUGGAGAUUUAAUGAAGCCUUACCCGGGGACGGAAGAGGAAAGCUUCAUCAGCCCUCUGGUGCUCUAUUGCGUUCUGGCUGCCACUCCAACUGCUAUUAUUUUCAUUGGUGAAAUAUCCAUGUAUUUCAUAAAGUCAACAAGAGAGUCCCUGAUUGCUGAGGAGAAAAUGAUCCUGACAGGGGACUGCUGCUACCUGAGCCCCUUACUCCGAAGGAUCAUUAGGUUCAUUGGGGUAUUUGCAUUUGGACUUUUUGCUACUGACAUUUUUGUAAACGCCGGGCAAGUGGUCACUGGCCACCUAACACCAUACUUCCUGACAGUGUGCCAGCCAAACUAUACCAGUACAGACUGCCGGGCACACCACCAGUUCAUCAACAAUGGCAACAUCUGCACUGGGGACCUGGAAGUAAUAGAAAAAGCUCGGAGGUCCUUUCCCUCCAAACACGCCGCUCUGAGCAUUUACUCCGCCUUAUAUGCCACGAUGUACAUCACAAGCACAAUCAAGACAAAGAGCAGUCGGCUGGCCAAGCCAGUGCUGUGCUUGGGAACCCUCUGUACAGCCUUCCUAACGGGCCUCAACCGAGUCUCAGAGUACCGGAACCACUGUUCAGACGUGAUUGCCGGCUUCAUCCUGGGCACCGCAGUGGCCCUGUUUUUGGGAAUGUGUGUGGUCCAUAACUUUAAAGGAACUCAAGGCUCUCUUUCCAAACCCAAACCUGAGGAUCCCCGUGGAGUUCCUUUGAUGGCUUUCCCAAGGAUAGAGAGCCCACUGGAAACCUUAAGUGCACAGAAUCACUCAGCCUCCAUGACGGAAGUCACCUGAGAUGAAUGAAGACGUGUAGCUGUUUGGGGUUUGUUUGUUUUUGUUUUUGUUUUUGUUUUCAGCAACCUCCCAGUUCAAUACUUCAAAAUACACAGUUACUCAAACUGUGAAGACAAGUAUUACAUUUAUCUAGUUAGAUGCUAAUGUUUUGUACAUUUUUUGUAUGAAGAAGUGAUGUAGCUUGCCCUGAUCUUUUUUUUUUUGUCAGCUUUAAUAUAUUUAUGCCAGAUUUUUAAAACCAACAAAAUUUUCCUCUUGUUCAAGUGUGCAUUGAAGAAUCACAUUUAUUCAAUGGUUGAUGUUGUUUUGUGAUAUUUGUACACAAAUUUUCUCAGUUUUAUAGACACAAAUAAAGCAAAUGACACACUUUAAACCACAUUUUAUUACCACAGUUGCUGCCUCCUCCAGAAGUUUUGAAUUUUAAUGAAAGUUAAACUUUUGAGUUACAGGAAGGACCAUGGUGGUUACAUAUUAAAAUCAAUUGUGGAAGAAAAAUAUUGGAAGAGAACUUUGUGUUCUGUUCUGUUAAUAGUCAACUGAAUUUCAAGUUAAAGUGACAGGGGCAUACUAGUGAAGAGUCCUAGUUGCCUAACUAUUGGCAUAGAAGCCUAUAUUUGGGGGGAGUGGGCUUUAGUUAUACGAUGCUUUCUUAGAUAAUGGCCUCGACACCCUACAGUGCACAAGGUUGGUCUGGAAUUCUGACCUUGGGCAGGUGACACUGUAGCCUUCUAUCCAAGAGAGCAGCUAGCACCAGCCAUUCCUGUCAACUCAACAGUUUUGUAUAUCAUAUUGUAUGGACUUUUUAUGAAAAAGAAUAUUUUACAGUUUGCACAGUAUUAUUUUACAGAAAGGCUAUCAAAACAUCUGCACAUAGAGGCCCAGAGCAAUGGCCUCACUAUGGGGCUUCUAACUGUUCUUAGAUUUUAACUGCAUCCCAUUUUUUCUAGCAUGGUGUUAAUGUGUCCCUCCUUAGGGAGAAGGAGUUCUCUCUCUGUAUCUAUCAAAAUGUUUCUCACCCAUGUCAGCUCUUCUUAGCUUUUUUUGUACAUAUUUUUUUUUCUAAAGAGAAGAAAAAAAAGUUAUCACAAAAUGUAUUCUGGCUCAUGUGCUUUGUUUUUCAUUUCACUCAGCAGUGUUUGAAGAACCACGGAGUGUUUGUGCUUCUCAGUUCAUGUGAGGAGUGAUUAAACGAACCAUUAAAUCGGAGUACGACUGAAAGGUCAUUCAGAGAGUAAGCAUACGGGAGCAGGGAGGAAAGGAGUCACUAUACAUAAAUAUGCAUGCAUAUGUGUUAAAACAAGGUGAAAGAAUUACUUCAUUUAGUAAAAUAUUCAAAUCAAAUGUAUUUUCUGGAUUCCUAGGGUGAUACCUUAGUCUUCAAACUGCCCUGAAAUUUCCAAGUUUUCAAUAAACAAGUAGUCUUCUUUUAGAAAAAAUAGUCACCUCUGAUAAAAUUUUCCUGGGACCUGUUUCCUGAACUGUUUACCCAAACUCUUUUAUAUACAUUCAAACACAUGUUCUAAGUAGUAUCUGACUAAAGUCAGAGAAAAGAGCUAGAGUUGUGGCUCUGUUCAUCUCUUAACUAUCUACCCUCACAUAUGUAAUGAAUCUGUUGUUUUCAGGGCAAUGAACCCAGAGAAGGGAUAUAAACUCUAAAACACUGUGAUACACACCAGUCCCAAGAUCAUGGUCAGCUCAUUCUUCUAUUCUUUCCGUUACAUGAUGGCUCUGAACCAAGUUUAGCCCUUCUUGGUGUGAUGUGUCUACCUAGAUGGUUCAUGGAUGCUACAGAGGAAAGGAAGUCCUGAGAAAGAAUGAUUUGCAGACUCUGAGCUCUCUCUUCUCUCCUGUAUGAUAAGUGUGAAGUCAUCCAGUGUCAGGGUGACUCAUUUUAUUUACCUAAACACAUGGCAUUUUUAAAGAAAAUAGAUAAAAGGCUCUGUUUAUUUUUCCUGAAACUUCAAAAAAUGAUGGUAGACAAAAUUGAUGUUUAUUACCUAUUUCGUGUCACACUUAAAGCUCUAUCUGGUCACCAAAUUGUAUUUUGAAGAAAAUCAAAAUCAACAAAAUGGCUCAUUACCUUUGCACUCUUUUUUCUAAGUUUGAUUCUGGAAAGAUCACUUGUUAUUUCAAAAUCUGUGGUCACAGACUCUGGUUCCAUAGCCCAGGGUGUGUAGGGUAUUCUAUGGCAAGCUAUGUUCUAUGGUAUACUACUAUAUAUCAGUUACAACUAAGGGGUUUCUUUCUAUUCUCUUCCCUGGGUCUCUGAGUCAGUCUGACCCCUGAGUACUAUGCCAUAAUGACUUUAAUAGAGCCUCUACUUACACUUAAGAUACUUCUGUGGCCUCAGCUGAGAGUAAACCCUCCAAUCUAGCAUGUCAAAUUCAUUUCUCAGAUUUGGAUGUCCCUACUUGAGUUUCCUGACAAGGACAAAGCUCUUUGUCCCAACAGGGCAAAUAGUGACUAUAACCUAAGAGAAAAAUAAAUUCUGGAGUGAAUGUUUUCCCUUUGUUUUUUUUAAUAGAUGGCAGAAAUGCCUGAGAAAGUCUGGCUUACUGUGGGAAAAGAUUGAAAAGAAACAAGACUAAUAAAAUGUUUUGAUGUUAUGCAAC